AUGAUGCCACUUCUUCUAUUCGUCUACGGUCGGUUCUUCAAUGAUGCGAUCAGAAUACAAAUUCCAUACGUCCGAAUUUUCUUGCAGUUGUUACAAAUAGCAAUACCAGCAUUAAUAGGUUUAGGUCUACGUAUAUGGAAACCGAAUUUAGCUAUGAAAUUAGCUAAACUAGCCGGUCCAGUUUUUAAAUUUAAAAUAGUAUUCUUUUUAACCGUUGGUGUGUACGUUAAUUGGUCAUUGUUUCGCCUAUUAGGUGCUUAUCCUUUACUUAUUCUUAUAUGUGCAUUGUUACCUUGGCUUGGGUUUUGUAUCGGUUCAUUAUUCGUAUUCAUUUUACGACAACCAUGUCAAUCAAUUAUUACGGUUGCUUUAGAGACUGGUAUACAAAAUACUGGUAUUGCAAUUCUUGUCCUAUUAUAUGUUAUGCCCAAACCAACUGGUGAAUUGGGCGCUAUUAUGCCAAUUGCUGUUGCUCAAUUAACGCCUAUACCGUUGUAUUUAAUAUACUCAUCCAUAUUAAUUAAACGCAAAUGUUGUAAACAGCAGAAAAUAUCUAAUAAAAUCGAAACACCUGUUACUACAGAGAUGAGUAACAAUUGUAAUCAUGACGUAACGAAGACAGAAAAUGAUACCAGUGUACCACAAACAAAAGUACCGUGA